UACUCUGUAAUACUCUAAUUACAGAGGGAAGUGUUGUAUCUUUUUCUGUAUUAAAUUAACCACCAACAUAUGAAGUUUCACUUCCACUGAGCACUGCUGAGUCCUCUGGAGGUACAUCUGUUUGGUUGCAGAGACGCCGGUGUCCCGGUAUCUAGAAAACCAGUCAGAGUGAGACCUCCUGCCGCCGCCGCUCCUCUCAGCUGCGAGUUUGUCUCCGAGUGUCUGUAGCGGUGACGAUCAGACUCGCAAGAACUCGCAGCUGCUCGGUCGCUCCGGUCUUCUGAGCGAAGUUUGGCGACAUAAGAGCUCAGGAAAAGUCUAACGGAUUCAUCUGCCUGGUGUAGAUUGCUCCUCCGGAGGAGGCGGAGAAGCCACCCUGAUCUCAGAGAUGCUUCCCCUGGAAACCACAAAGGGAAACAACAGAUCUGCAGCGUGUUGACUUGUUUUCACGCCACAGGACAAGGUGGUCUGGGGAUUUAACAGCUUUAAAACCCUUUAACACUGAAUUUUCCAGGAUCCUGAGCUUUUCCUUGUCAGAUUUUUUGGCUCAUUUCUAUCUUGGCGAUGCCCAGCAGUGAGAAGAAAUUUUCCUUGCAGGAUUUUAGUGAUUGGAAACAAUCAAGACAAAUGAGAGGACAGAAAAGGCUCGGCUGACGGGACACGUUUUGUUUGGAUGUCGUUCACCUGUGAGACGGUUCUCCUACCUGGACCACGUUACAGCCAGCAGCUAAUGUCUGCCGACAGCAGCCCAACCCCUCCUCGGCCUUUCCCCCCCCUCCUGCAGCACACUGCCCUGCCCACCCCAUCACCAUCACCCAGCCCGCCAGCCACCCUCUGCAGCCGGCUGUCCAAUGGCAGCCAGAGAGCCCCCAGCCUCACAGACUCGCGGGGGUCCAUCCAUGGAGUCUCCUUCUUGCUCCAGAUCGGUCUCACCAGGGAGACGGUCACCCUCGACCCUGGAGACCACUCACUGUCUGCUCUCAGGGAGCUCGUCUGCUCCAUCGUGGAUCAGAAGUUCCCUGAAUGUGGAUUUUUCGGGAUGUUUGACAAGAUCCUGCUCUUCCGUCACGACCUGAAUUCGGACAAUAUCCUGCAGCGUCUCACCUCAGCGGAGGAGAUCCAUGAGGGCGACCUGGUUGAGGUGGUGCUCUCCGCUCUCGCCACAACCGAGGACUUUCAGAUCCGGCCUCACACGCUCUACGUCCACUCAUACAAGGCCCCGGCUUUCUGCGACGACUGUGGCGAGAUGCUGUGGGGGCUAGUCAGACAGGGCCUCAAAUGUGAAGGCUGUGGACUGAACUACCACAAGCGGUGUGCGUUCAAGAUCCCCAAUAACUGCAGCGGGGUGAGGAAGAGGCGGCUGUCCAACGUCUCCCUGCCAGGUGCCGCCAUGGCCAUCACCCGUCCACCCUCCACCGAGCUCACCCCGACGCCACCCGACGAGCAGCGCCCCCUCCUGGGCGCAGGGAAGCGUAACUCUCUGCUGAGCGGUCGUCCCAUCUGGAUGGAGAAGAUGGUCCUGGGUCGGGUCAAAGUCCCUCACACCUUCUCUGUCCACACCUACACUCGCCCCACCAUCUGCCAGUUCUGCAAGCGUCUGCUGAAGGGGCUCUUCCGCCAGGGACUGCAGUGCAAAGAUUGCAAAUUUAACUGCCAUAAGAGAUGUGCAGCCAAAGUCCCUCGAGACUGUCUCGGUGAGGUCGACUUUAACGGAGAACCGUCCAGUCCCAGUCUGGACUCUGAGGCGACAAUGGAGGUGGACAGCUGUGACAUCAACAGCGAUGGCAGUCACAGUAUGGAUGAGCAGGAUGAGCCGUCAGCUCCCGAUGACUUCGCCGAGGGCUCCUGCGUGGACGGCGAGAAGGAUGACGAGAUGCUCCGAGCCAUCAGCCCGUCCACCAGCAGUAACAUCCCACUGAUGCGUGUGGUUCAGUCCAUCAAACACACCAAGAGGAAAAGCUCCACGGUGGUUAAAGAGGGCUGGAUGGUGCACUACACCAGCCACGACACCCUGAGAAAGAGACAUUACUGGAGACUGGACAGCAAGAGUCUGACUCUAUUUCAGAAUGAAAGUGGAGCCAAGUAUUACAAGGAGAUCCCCCUGUCCGAGAUUCUGCAGGUGGAGCCGGCACAGGACGUUGGCAGCCUGCCUCAGGGUAGCAACCCGCACUGCUUUGAGGUGAUCACGGCCAACAUGGUGUACUACGUUGGAGAGGACAACGGCGGCCUGUUCAACAAUCCUGUCCUGGCCGCAUCUGGUGUGGGGCGGGACGUGGGUCAGAGUUGGGAGAAGGCCAUCCGCCAGGCACUGAUGCCCGUCACACCCAAGCCCAGCGUCGGCACCGGGCCCGGCAUGGGGAAGGACCACAAGGAACUUUCUAUCAGCUUCUCAGUGUCCAACUCCCAGAUACAAGAAAAUGUGGACAUCAGUUCGGUGUAUCAGAUCUUUGCUGAUGAGGUCCUCGGCUCAGGACAGUUUGGAGUCGUCUAUGGAGGUAAGCACAGAAAGACGGGCAGAGACGUGGCAAUCAAAAUCAUUGAUAAGAUGAGGUUUCCUACCAAGCAGGAGAGCCAACUGAGGAACGAGGUGGCCAUUCUCCAGAACCUCCACCACCCCGGCAUCGUUAACCUGGAGUGCAUGUUUGAGACGCCCGAGCAGGUGUUCGUCGUCAUGGAGAAGCUUCACGGCGACAUGUUGGAGAUGAUUUUAUCCAGCCAGAAGAGUCGACUGCCUGAACGCCUCACUAAGUUCCUGGUUACACAGAUCUUGGUGGCCCUCCGACACCUUCACUUCAAGAACAUCGUCCACUGUGACCUGAAGCCUGAGAAUGUCCUCCUGGCCUCGGCAGAACCCUUCCCUCAAGUGAAGCUGUGCGACUUUGGCUUCGCUCGUAUCAUCGGGGAGAAGUCGUUCCGCCGGUCAGUGGUCGGCACUCCAGCUUAUUUGGCGCCCGAGGUGCUCCGCAGCAAAGGCUACAACCGAUCUCUGGACAUGUGGUCAGUGGGCGUCAUCAUCUACGUCAGUCUGAGCGGGACGUUUCCCUUCAAUGAAGAUGAGGACAUCAACGACCAGAUCCAGAACGCUGCCUUCAUGUACCCGGCCAACCCCUGGAAGGAGAUCUCCAAGGAGGCCACAGACCUGAUCAACAACCUGCUGCAGGUGAAGAUGAGGAAGCGCUACAGCGUGGACAAGUCGCUGAGCCACCCCUGGCUGCAGGACUACCAGACCUGGCUGGACCUCAGGGAGUUCGAGACCCGUCGAGGUGAACGCUACAUCACCCACGAGAGCGACGACGCCCGCUGGGAGGAGUACGCCGACGACAGAGGCCUGCACUACCCGAAACACUUUAUCAUGUCCCACAACCUGGAUGACAUGGAUGAGGAUCCCUAGAGGCCACAGAGGGUCAACAUCUCCGAAGAGGAAACGGCAGACCCCGAGAAGUCCCUCGGUGGUUGUAGCGCACACUCUGGGGUCCAUGGAAACGGUCACCAUGGACACAGCCAGCUGUCCCUGUAGUGGCGCAAGAUAGGGUGGACAGCGAGGACACAGUGGCAACAAAUCAGGUCCAGAGAAAUUUUUAACAUUUAUUUUUUUCCUGUUUUUUUUCUAGAA